GGCGGAGUUGUGGAGUCGUUGGAAGGAGACGUUUGAACGUGGCGAGAAAAGUGGAGAUUUGCGAUCCGUGAGUCUGUGCGAGAUGAUCAGCGCGCUCGCAUACGAAAAACCGCGUCUCUGUUCGCUACUCCACCGCCGAGAUCAACUUCAAGAUCACUCGUAUUCUUGACAGCAGCGGGAAGGUUGUGAGAUAUAUAGUUGCGGACGGAGGAGAUACGAGCCGUCAGUCUCUUUCCAUCAACCUGAUCCUCCCCUUGUAUUCGCUGAAGCGCGAUUUCGACAUCCGUACGCCGUUCACAGAACGGUUCAGUCCAAGAAUCGGAGACCAAGCGCUCCGUCAACUGCACUAUCAGUAUCAGGAACAGCGAUAGAUAAACCAGGACGUGGAAAAGAUGUCCGUGUCGAGCUUUUCACGAACCCUCCUAUCCCAUCCGCUUUCGCGAUGGUAUCCCCUCGUCAAACCUGGCCAGGCAGCAUGUUCGCAAACUCGAAUGCUCUCCCUCUUCUCCAGCAACAAAUCCACGGAAGCCAACUGAUCCCCACUACCGGCACAUACCCAAAAGGAUGGCGAGCAGGAGGAUGGCAUUCGGGCGUGAAAAAGCAGAAAGAGCUUCCGUUCCCGCCUAAGGAUCUCGCUAUCAUUGCGUCAGAUGCAAGGUUCCCAGUAACGGCAUCUGCCGUUUUUACGUUGAAUGCGUUUGCGGCGGCGCCUGUGAAGGUGUCGAAGGAGGUGAUUGGGAAACAACGAGGCACGGGAUUGAGGGCCGUUGUUGUGAAUUCCGGGUGUGCGAAUGCGUGCACUGGUGAGCAGGGAUUGCAGGAUGCAUGGAGGAUGAGUGCGGUGGUGGACGCAGCGUUGAGUAAGGGAGACGCUGCCAGCAGCAAAAACCAUCCCGAGACGAUCGUCAUGUCCACGGGUGUGAUCGGCCAACAUUUGGACAUGGACAAGAUUGUCAAGGGCAUCGAAGAACUAGCCCCCAACUUGGAAGAGUCGCAUGAUGGUUGGUUAGGUGCUGCGGAAGGGAUCAUGACUACCGACACCUUCCCCAAGCUGCGGAGUCAGGAGUUCAAGACGUACCGGAUGGCCGGCUGGUGUAAAGGGGCGGGGAUGAUCCACCCGAACAUGGCCACCAUGCUGAGUGCGGUGUUCACCGACGCGAAACUCAGCAAGAAGGCCCUUGACGCGGCCACAAAGUACGCAGCCGAUCGGUCUUUCAAUGCCAUCAGCAUUGACGGAGACACGAGCACGAACGACACGUUUGCUGUCCUCGCCAAUGGCGCCUCUGCAUCUGCCACGCUGAUCGACGACAUAUCAUCCCCCGAGUUCCUCGAGUUUCGGGAUAACCUCACCUCAUUUGCCGCAGACCUCGCCAAGCUCAUUGUCCGCGACGGCGAAGGCGCGACGAAAUUCGUCGAGAUCCGCAUCAAAGGCGCGAAAACAUUCGUGGACGCUCGCAAAGUUAGCAGCACCAUCGCCACGUCCCCGCUCGUCAAAACAGCGCUGUACGGGAAAGAUGCCAACUGGGGCCGAAUCAUUUGCGCGGUGGGGUACUCUGAGAUUGCGGGAUUGAAUCCUGACAAAGUCAGUCUUCACGUGUCGUCGUCCUCCGCUGCCAACGGCAGCAACGAGAGUAUCCAUCUCUUCAAGGAUGGAGCACCAUAUGAAAGCGAUGAGGACAAAGCAGCGCGAAUUCUGGAGAAUGAAGAUCUGUUGCUGAGUGUGGACUUGGGGAUGGGAAAAGAGGAGGCCACAAUGUACACCUGUGAUUUCAGUCAUGAUUAUAUCAGUAUCAACGCUGACUAUCGUAGUUAG